UGUCCAUGUAAGCAUCCAGUGCAAAGCGCAAAGUGCACAGUGCAGAUAAUUCCGCAAAACAAUGAUGAUGAUGAAUCAAGUUCGGCAUCCGGAACUGUAGUGUCCGCUCAAUACGACCACGUUAUGCCCAGUAUUCUCCUCCAUGCAAGUCGACCACGGCGAUCGGUUCCAGCAUCGUUAAAAUCAAUCGGCAAAAGAGACACCUCCGUAGUAUUCGACCACGCCUAAAUUAAUUGAAUGCAAUAAUUCAACGCAAACGAAGAUCGUAUAGACACGGUCAUAUGCAUUACGCGAGCUGAAAUCUGUGGCAAUUAAGAGUAUCAAAUGGAAAAAGCAAAGAACAAAGAAGGCAAUUGAAUUGAACUUGGAGGUUCGCUCAGACUAGGCCUCCCGUCUCUCAGCCGCCAGUAACAUGAACAUGCAUCUUUCUUUGAAAAAAGAAAAGCGAAGAAAAAAAAAUAGGGAAAUCAUUCCCAGAUGAUGAGCGCGGUGACGCGAUUGGCGACAAACAGCAAAUUGCCUGCAACUGAACAUGCCAAUGUCCAAGCCUCGUAUGACCGUCACUCUACAAUUUGCGCCACGAUCACAACACGCGUCGACGGCUACCGAUGUAAGCAACACUAUAGCCAGCCAUCAGCAUUAUCAUCAGCCAGUAUUAUCAUCAUCAGCAUCAUCGUCAUCUAUCAUCAGCAAUCAUCAUCAUCAUCAUCAUCCACUAAUAAAAAAAACCCCCAGGCUAAACAUGAAAACGAGCAAGCAAGCGCACAAGGCAAACCCUUAUUCAUUCAUUCCGCACCUCGACGGACAAACAGAUCCACAGCAUGCAUAUUCGGAACGACCCCAACCUUCCUAUCCGGGCUCGCAAUGGGUGACUGAACGAACAGAUGCGGCCGACCACACCGCCAGAUCGCAUCACCACCUCUCACGCAUGAUACAUUGCAUGUGCGUGCGUGCAUUGUCAUCAGCCGUGUCAGGCAAGCAAGACAUACAUAUUCCUUAUAUUGUCGACUUGCACGGCCCGGCCGAGUAA